UUGAUGACAGGAUAUGUAAAUGAGGAUGUUUGAGCUCGAGGAGGGCUGGCUGGAGAGGAGACCUCUGAUUGGUCGCUGGUCUUCAGCAGCAGCUCGAGCUGCAGGUGUCAGAGUCAGUCUCUCAUCGAGCAGAACCCGGUCUCCUCUCCGGUCUCCGGUCACACACACGGUCGCUCUGCUCCGGUAGAGCCAGCAACCAGGAGUCUAACAGCAGCAGCAGCAGCAGCAGCCAGGAGUCUACCGGACCGGUACCGGUACCGGCUACACCUCUCGGUUCACCUGUUUACCUGUUGGAGUCGUUUGGAUGAAUCAGAGCUGGAGCGUGCACGAUGCUGAGCGCCGUUAAGAUGGAGGGACACGAGCACGCGGACUGGAGCAGCAGCGGCAGCGGCUACUACGGAGAGACCGAGUGUUACUCUGCAGCUGGAAACAUGAACUCCGGUCUGUCCAUGAACAGCUACAUGAGCGCGCCUGGCAUGACCGGCACCGGCCACAUGAACGCGCAUUACGUGAACCCGUCGAUGCCCGGCGGGGUGUCUCAGAGCCCCGGGUCCGGGAUGCUGCAGGUGCAGACCGGGGCCGGGAUGAGCUCCAUCAGCCCGCCGCCCUACGGGAGCCUCCCGGUGCUGAGCCCGGUGGUGUACGGGCAGGCCUGCGGGCUCCGGUCCAGAGAACCCAAACCGUACCGGAGGAGCUACACGCACGCCAAGCCUCCGUACUCUUACAUCUCCCUGAUCACCAUGGCCAUCCAGCAGUCCGGCUGCAAGAUGCUGACCCUCAACGAGAUCUACCAGUGGAUCACCGACCUGUUCCCGUUCUACCGGCAGAACCAGCAGCGCUGGCAGAACUCCAUCCGGCACUCGCUCUCCUUCAACGACUGCUUCAUCAAGGUGCCCCGGUUACCGGACAAACCGGGCAAGGGGUCCUUCUGGGCUCUGCACCCGGACUCCGGGAACAUGUUCGAGAACGGCUGCUACCUGCGGAGACAGAAGAGGUUCAAGACGGCGGCUGCGGCGGCUGCGGCGGGGAAAAGCCCCGGUGCAGGUGAGAAGGAGGCUGCAGCACCGGGGAAGUCUGGCUCGGAGGGCGGAUCGGUGAGCACCAGCAGCACCCGGUCAGACUCACCGCACUCCACGCAUUCAUCCUCCAACUCACCGCAGGCCUCCGAGGCGAAACCGGUGCACCGGGGAGACCUCAAACCGGUGCACCGGAGCGACCUGCUGCACCGGGGAGACCUGGUGCACGACCUAGUGCACCGGGGCGACCUCGUGCACGACCUUGUGCACCGGAGCGACCUCGUGCACGACCUGGUGCACCGGAGCGACCUCAAACCGGUGCACCUGCAGCCCUGCAGCCCGGUGCACCUGGGCGACCCCGUGCGCGUGCCCUCCCCGCACGCGCACACGCAGCACCUGUUCUCCCAUCACCACCCGCUGCUGCUGCACGAGGCCACGCACCUGAACCCGCACCACUACUCCUUCAACCACCCGUUCUCCAUCAACAACCUGAUGUCCGAUCCGCAGCAGCAGCACAGACUGGUGGAGCAGCAGCACAGACUGGUGGAGCAGCAGCACAGACUGGCGGAGCAGCAGCCGGUCUACGGAGCCUACGGCUGCCCGGUGAAGACCGGCCUGGAUCCCGGUCACACUCACACCGACACCGGCUACUACCGGGGCGUGUACUCCAGCAGGCCCAUCAUGAACUCCUGAGACACAGUUUACAGUUAAAAGAAGAACGUGUAAAUGUUUUGUUGAAGGCCUGCAGGAUUUUACAUCAGUCAUUUGUGUGUUUGUAUGUGCAACAGAUAUAAAAAUCUUUAUAUGAAAA